AUGACAAAAAAGCUAUGGAGCAUGCUGGAAAAUAACCCCCAUGUCAUGAACCAUCUCGCAAAAGACCUUGGACUCGAUACAUCCGUCUUCUCCUUCCAUGAUGUCUACUCCCUCACUGACCUAGACAUGCUGGCUUUCAUUCCCAGGCCAGUCUUGGCACUUCUCGUCAUCAUACCGCUCACGCCAACUUGGCACGAGGCGCGUACAGCAGAAGACAAGGACAAGUCCGAAUAUGCAGGCAAAGGCGAAACAGAGCCUGUCAUUUGGUUCAAGCAGACCAUCGGCAACGCUUGUGGCAGCAUAGGCUUAGUUCACUGUCUCCUCAACACUUCAGCAUCAGACCAUAUCCAGUCUUCCUCGCCUCUUGACCAGAUUCGUGCCGAUGCGCUGCCAAAACCCAUCUGGGAACGAGCCAAAGUACUCGAGGAUUCGGAUGCCUUUGAAAAGGCUCAUGCUGAUGCGGCAAAACUUGGCGAUACUGCCUCACCUACACCCACAUCAAAGGAACAUAAUGGACAGCAUUUUGUCGCGUUUGUCAAGGCCAAAGAUGGUCAUUUGUGGGAGCUUGAAGGCGAUCGCAAGGGUCCGCUUGACCGGGGCUUAUUGGGCGAUGACGAAGAUGUGCUCAGCCCUGGAGCACUAGAAAAAGGGAUUGGGCGGCUGAUGAGGAUUGAAAAUGAAAAGGGUGGGGAUCUGAGAUUCUCCGUUAUCGCCCUCGCUCCAAGCUUCACAUAG